AUGGGUGCGUUGCAAUCUCUACUCGAUACCCCCUUGGAUGGAUUUCCCACAAAGACCGCGCGGAAUUCGGAACAAAGCUGUCAUGCAUGUGGAAUGCAAUUUGACCGUACACAUGAAGAUUCCGCCACGAAUCAUGAUCUCUUGACCCACUCACACUAUCUGGCAGAAUUAUGUGGUAUUUGGCUUGGCAGCCCACAUUCCAGUCAACGUGAAUCUACAAUGAGCAAGCAAAAAGAUCCAUCGUCACCGUUUAUCGCAUUCCCGUCCACCACGCUACCUAAACGUUCCGUAUCAUCAUCAUCGUCUAAACCAUCAAUAAUUGUUUCCACCCUAAUUAAACACACGGAUUUCACCAAGAAUGAACGUUCUGCUCUCAAGCACGGAUUCUUUUCCACAAUGGAUGUGAAUACGGCUGAACUAGCGGACUGCUCUGGUUUGGAGGGCUGUCAUAUCCGUGGCUGUUUGUAUGUUGAACAUGGGAGUCUGGUCUUUCAGGCUUUGGAUAGUUCGCAUCAGUUGCCUUCGGUGUUGACCAGUCGAAAGGAAGAAUCCUUUGACGUGUCGACCUCCCUCAUGUCAGAUAGUAAGUUACAAUAA